AUGGGGAACAUUGAAUCUCGUAACGAUAAUGUUAAAACUGUUCGAAAAAGAGAUAAAUCCAAUUUUUCUCGGAUCGGUCAUUCUCAUGUAAAAACUAAUAGUAUUUAUCCAGAUCGUAUUGAUAAUACCUGUAGUUAUAACAUUAAAACUUUAUCAAAUUUAACGAUUCUUGGGGGUCGUCCUUAUUUGGAUGAUGAUGUUUCUAUAUAUCUGUUUCCCGCUGAUUGGGAAGAAGCUGAUAGAGUUCAAGCUUGUCAUUUCGCGCUAAAACAUUUGCUUGGCGGUAAUUAUACUGCUCCACUUUCGAAUAUUCUUAAACCUGAAAGUAAAAUUUUAAAUCAUCAAUGGGUACCACUUUUAAAUGAAAUAAUGAGAGUGCUGAAACCCGGUGGCAUUGUUGAAUUUGUAGAAUUUGAUUUAAUUCUUGAAGCAUUAUACAAAAAAAAGCAAAUCGAUCUCUUAUUUCUUCCGAAAUUUGAACAAACAAUCAAAGAUGUAGGAUUUCAAAAUGUAAAUUGCAAUCGUAAAACUGUAUCUCUUGGAAAGUAA